AGCUGCUCUUAGUAGUUGUGCCCACACUCAGCCGGACCUUUCUGCGAUACCCUGCUUCCGUCGCGGACGUCAUCGGUCUUGUUUUGGGCGUUCCGGAGACUGACUGAGAACUCAACGGACUAGUAGGAAUUACUAGAGAGAGACUCGUUUUCCCCACACACCCUGCUGGGCGCCACCUACGGUCUUUUGCUGCCUCUUUCUUUUCUCCAACACCACCAACAACCAGUCGUACCUCGUUCCUACAUCCCGCAUUUCAUUCUUGCUCUUGUCGUUGUUCACUUUAGCCUCUCCUGCUACUGCCCUCACUUUUUUUUCUUCAACUCUACUACCUCUCUCACCUCACUCCCCUCGGUCACUUGUCUCUUUUUUCGGCUUCCACACUUAAUCUCCAGAUCUCCUGAGAAAGAGCUUCCGAGGCUCCCACUUCCCCCCUCUUUGAGUGCGGUGUACCGUCAUCCUUGCUCCAAAAUGGCGGAAUUCGUGCGUGCCCAGAUCUUCGGCACAACCUUCGAAAUUACAAGCAGGUACACAGACCUGCAGCCUGUGGGAAUGGGCGCUUUUGGUCUUGUCUGCUCUGCGAGGGAUCAAUUGACAGGACAGCCAGUCGCCGUCAAGAAGAUUAUGAAGCCGUUUAGCACACCAGUUCUGUCCAAGAGAACGUACCGCGAGUUGAAACUGUUGAAGCAUCUACGACACGAAAAUAUAAUCAGUCUCAGUGAUAUCUUCAUUUCUCCGCUCGAAGAUAUCUAUUUCGUCACGGAACUCCUGGGAACCGACCUCCAUAGACUCCUCACUUCCCGACCUCUGGAAAAGCAGUUCAUUCAGUAUUUCCUCUACCAGAUUUUGCGAGGACUUAAAUAUGUCCACUCGGCCGGUGUCGUUCAUCGCGAUCUUAAGCCGAGCAACAUCCUCAUCAACGAGAACUGUGAUUUGAAAAUCUGCGACUUUGGCCUUGCCCGUAUUCAAGACCCCCAAAUGACAGGCUAUGUCUCGACCCGGUAUUAUCGCGCUCCCGAGAUCAUGCUCACAUGGCAAAAAUACGAUGUGGAAGUCGAUAUCUGGAGUGCAGCCUGCAUCUUUGCGGAGAUGCUGGAGGGAAAGCCACUGUUUCCAGGAAAGGAUCAUGUCAACCAAUUCUCGAUUAUUACAGAGCUUUUGGGCACCCCGCCGGACGACGUUAUUCAGACCAUCUGCAGUGAGAACACUUUGCGAUUUGUUAAGUCGCUGCCGAAACGCGAACGGCAACCUUUGGCUAGCAAGUUCAAGAAUGCCGACCCCGACGCUGUUGAUCUUCUCGAGAGAAUGCUAGUUUUCGACCCCAAGAAGCGGAUCCGUGCCGGCGAAGCGCUUGCACAUGAGUAUCUCGCCCCCUACCACGACCCCACCGACGAACCCGUGGCGGAAGAGAAGUUCGAUUGGUCCUUUAAUGACGCCGACCUGCCGGUGGAUACUUGGAAGAUCAUGAUGUACUCGGAGAUCCUUGACUUCCACAACAUUGAUCAAGCCAACGAUGCUGGCCAAGUGCUUGUUGAAGGAGCAGUCGCAGAUGGACAACAGGCCUUCGCAUGAGGAGGUUCCACAAUAUAAUGCCAUGGACAAGGCGCAGGCAGCGAUGCGAUAUGAUAAUGACGUCGUCAAUUCCUUCGAUUUCUCUUGGUAUGUAGACUGGAAGCGGGGACUGUGAUAUGGUGUUUUUUGCCCGAAACGGGUCUUUCUUGUGACUCCUUUCCCAAAUUUUCUUUUUACUCUUUCGCCAAUCUUACUUCCAGGCGUUCACACACGAUCCGCGCUUUGGAAAAUUUUCACCCGCGCUGAGAGUCGGACGAAAUGGAGAUUGGACCCGUCUGUAACACGACUGAAUUAUUUUUGUUACCCAUUCUUGAUGCUAUAUAUACACUUCUUCUUGGUCCACGAUUGAUGAGCAUGCGUGUUAUAAAUCUCUUUUUGAUUAAAUUGAGUGUAUUGGGGUGUGAUGUGUCUGUUCCUCUCUCUUUACUGUGAGAGAUUGUGUGUGUGUGUCCCUUGAGGAAACUUGUUGGAUUUUCGUAUGUGCGCCAUAGAAUCGAAUACGAAAAACAUAUUAAUGUUCUGACGGUUGAUUGUUGAGGUCUUUCUGGUUCCUUUGUGGGCCUAAAGAGGAAGAAGAGGG